UCUCUUUAACAACAGAGCAUCCCGGUGCUGACUCCUGAGUUUUCCCUCCCUCCUAUAUAAGCUCAACUCUUCCCCUCCUGCUGCAGUCACUUCUCCUCCGGCCCCACCAACAUGAGUUUCACGGUGGAUCAUCACUACUUUGGGCCGACUGCAUACCGCAAGGCUCGGCCGGCCUCCGUGUCCUCCAGCGGCUUCCACUCACAGCGCCGCCGCCUCACGUACAGCCAGCCGUCCUCCGUUGACAGCGUGGACGCCUUCAACGGUGACAUGACUCGUAGAAGCGAGAAAGAGAUUCUUCAGGCUCUGAACGACCGGUUCGCCGGCUACAUUGACAAGGUGCGGAACUUGGAGAUGCACAACCGCAACUUAGAGGCCGAGGCGGCUGCGCUGCGACAGAACCAGGCUGGGCGCGCCUCUGUCGGGGAGCACUAUGAGAGAGAGUUGGGCGACCUGAGGGGUCUCCUGCAACAGUUGACCGGAGAGAAAGCCCGCGCUGCUCUGGAGCAUGAACACCUGGAGGAAGACAUCCAGCACCUGAGAGCCCGGCUGGAGGAUGAGGCGCGCAACCGGGAAGAGUUGGAGGCCGCCGCGCGCGCCAUGAAGAAGUAUGUUGAGGAGUGCCGGCUGGCAAGGCUCGAGUUGGACAAGAAGCUCCGUGCCCUAGAGGAGGAAUCGGAUUUUCUGAAAAAGAACCACGAAGAAGAAGUGGCUGAGCUCCUCGCGCAGAUUCAGGGCGCGCAGGUGAGCUUUGAUCUGCGAGACUCGCUCAAAGCGGACGUCACCACCGCACUGCGAGAGAUCCGCGCGCAGCUGGACAGUCACGCAACGAAGAGUGCCACUCACGCGGAGGAAUGGUUUAAGGUGCGCGUGGACCGUCUGUCUGAGGCUGCUAAGUCCAACCGGGAUGCAAUCCGCGGGACCCAGGAUGAGAUUGCAGAGUAUCGCCGUCAGCUGCAGAAUCGCACCAUUGAGUUGGAGACUCUGCGGGGAACCAAGGAAUCACUGGAGAGACAGCGUAUGGAAUGUGAAGACAGACAUCAUGACGACCUCCUCUCACUACAGGAGACCAUCAAUCAGUUGGAUAGUGAGCUGAAAACCACUAAAUGGGAGAUGGCCAGCCAGCUGAAAGACUAUCAGGAACUGCUGAAUGUGAAGAUGGCUCUUGAUAUUGAGAUCGCUGCUUACAGGAAACUACUUGAGGGAGAGGAGAACCGUUUUGUGUCAGGAGGUGGUCCAUAUUCCUACCUGGAGGGCAGGAUCUCUGCCCAUUUAAAAAUGAAAGGAGAGGAGAUCUCAGAUAGAGUCAUUGUGGAGGAACAGACAGAUGAAACCCAGGUGACAGAGGUGACAGAGGAGGCCGAUGAAGAGGAAGAGGAGGAAAAGAAAGAAGGAGAUGAAGAAGAAGAAGAGGAAGCAGGAGAGGAAGAAGAGGGUGCAGAAACCAAAGAGGAGGAGGAAGAAGGGGAAGAUAAGGAGGAAGAAGGAGAAGAAGAGGAAGAGAAAGGUGAUGAAAAGGAAGAGGAGGAGGAGAAAGGAGAGGAAGAAGAGGCAGGUGAGGAAGACGAGAAGCCCAAAUCUCAAGAAAAGGAUGCCUCCCCUCCUUCAAAAUCCCCUCAACCUAAAUCUCCUGCUGUCAAAUCACCAGAAUCAAAGUCUCCACCAAAAUCACCAGAAUCUAAAUCACCAGCAGCCAAAUCCCCAAUGCCCAAAUCACCUGCAAAGUCUCCUGCUGUCAAAUCACCUGCAGGAGAUGAGUCAAAGUCACCUGUGUCAAAAUCCCCACCCAGCAAAUCCCCUGAAUCUAAGUCUCCCCCUCACAAGAGCCCUGAACCAAAGUCUCCUGAAAAAGAGAAGGCCAAGCCUGCAAAAGAUGCCCCUAAAGAAGAGAAGAAAGAGGAGGAGCCAAAGCCCGUCAAAGAAGAAAAGAAGGAGAAAGAGCAGCCUGUGAAGGAGGAGAAAAAGCCGGAGCCUAAGGAGAAAGAGCCUGAGAGCAAAGCAGAGAAGUCUGACAAACCUGACACGAAGAAAGAGAGCAAAGCAGAAGUGCCCAAGAAGGAUGAGGCCUCCAAACCUGCUGCUCCUUCCAAGCCUGUAGAGGAUAAGCCUGCCUCAAAGCCUGAGCCUAAGGAUAGUGCUCCCCCUACCAAGGAGGAGAAACCCUCUGCUCCUAAGUCAGAGAAGGCCGAACCAGAGGCAAAGCCUGUCCCAAAAGCAGAGCCUGAGAAAACAGACACCAAGAAAGUAGAGAAGAAACCAGAGGAAAAGCCUGCACCUAAAGCGGAGCCUGAGAAAACAGAGAGCAAGAAAGAGGAGAAGAAACCAGAGGAGAAAAAGGAGAGCAGUAAAGGAGCAGCUGACAGUAAGGAGGUGAAAGAGGGAGCGAAGACUGAGAAAGCCGAGAAGUCUUCUAGCACCGACAGCAAGGAGGAGAAGGCCAAGAAGUGAGACUGGUACGCUGUGUUUCAGGGUAAGGCAGGGAGAUGGAGGUGGAGAUGCCAAAGAACUUUGCGGGGGGAGGGGAGGGCAGGGCAAAGAGCAGGACAGCCCAGCUGUUCAGACCGGCACUUCAGUGUCUAAAGCAAAGCAGGUAACGGUAUGUAAGCAAUAGUGACUUCUGUAGCAAAUAAACCCCCGCUCCCAAGUAUGGCCAUUACACACCCCUGAUGCUUCUGAUGUAUGACUGUAGUGAAUGCAGAAUGCUCUAAACUCUUUAACUGAAUGUGACGACUGCCCUUAUUAAUAAACAAGUGCAUUUAAACUGAAUCCCACUGACAGGCACCACUGGGGCCUGUACCUGACAAGCCUUCAAGGGUAGAGAUGUCAAAACAAUGUUAAGCUAAAGAUUGUGACAGAUAUUGAAUAUAAAAAUGUAUAUUUAAGGACACAGAAAUGUCUAUAUUAUAUUUACAGAUAGUAAGAAAGACUUGAAUUUGCUUGUUGUGCACCUUAACGCAGCUUCUCCCGACAGGUGAGCUGCAGUGUCUCACUCCUCUGGUCUGCAAUGCUAGGACAAUGAUGACUGUGCUAUGUAUAAACUGCUGAGAUUAUGCAAUAUGAAACAGAUAAAUAAAGAAUGAAAAACAAACA